CUGCCCCGCGCAGACGACAGCCCGCGCGCCAGUUCACCGCUGUGCGUCCAUCGCGGCGCAGGCACUUCGAUAUGAUUAUUUCAUAGUGUCUUUUCUCGUGCCGGUAUCGCGUGUGCCUUUUGCUAGUGGAAAUUGUCAGUGUUUUUGUGGUGAUUAUAUACCAAAGAUGAUGUGCAUGCGAUAUGGCUUUGCGUAGUUGACAUGUCGUUGAGCGCGCCCGCCCAGGCGGUGCGCGGGACUAGGACCAAUAGCCUCGACCAACUUGAUUUUCAGGAGCGCAGGCAGCUCAUCGCGAGCUCGUUAUCUCUUACAGACUUCUUGCACGUUGGGGCUAAGGAGGUUGCAGCCGUUGCCGAGUCAGUCCCGUCUCGCCCGUGCUACUAUUGGCCCGCUUUAAUUGAAGUCAACAAUGCAAAAAAACAGAAUGGUUCAACAGUACGCACGAAUAGCCUGGGCUCUGGCGCGCGGACACCACCCGCCGAACGGACCAAAUCCAAAUUCUCGGCGUUCGGUAGACUUUUUAAACCAUGGAAGUGGAAACGGAAAAAGAAGUCGGAAAAGUUUGAAGCUGCUUCUAGAACGCUAGAAAGAAAAAUAUCCGUCCGGGCAAAUAGAGAUGAGUUGGUGCAGAAAGGGAUCCUGCUGCCCGAGAGUCCAGUUACGCCUGUCCCCGAAGCCAACGAAGAACUGUCUCCGACAUACGGCGGCGAUGAGGGUCGAGGCGAGACGGUGAGUGGCGGCAGCAGCGGCCCGGAUCGCACGAUAGCGGGCAUGCACGCUGCACUCCAGGCGCAGCUAGCCUCACAGCUUGCGCAUCAGCAAGCUGUGCUCGCGGCAGCCGUCGCCGCCGCCGCGCAGCAUCAACAUCAGAAUAAUAACGUCAUUGAACCAAAGAAAGAUAAAUUGGAAAAUGGUGGAGAGUUGAUGAGGCCAGAACGACCCAACUCUUUAACAGCAGGCAAACUUCCACGACGGAUAUGUUAUCAAGGAGAUGUUGGCGGUUACGGGGCAGCAGGCGGCGAGCACGGCGGCGACAGCGAGGAACAGUUGGUGCUGUCGGAGCUACCAGAGCCCCCGAUCGCGGUCUCGGAAAUCGGACCCAUUCCACCGCCACCCAUGUUCAGCUCACCAAGCCCCACCCGCCACCACCAUCAACUCGCCAUUCCACAACAUCCUCUUUCUGACUCCGAAGAGGAGGAGGAACACGAGGAAGAAGAAGUCGAACCUCUCACAGUUAGCGCGGACACGAACCGCGUGGAGGAGAUCCCACCUAAGGAGCCGAUAUUUAACGCGGUGCCUCUCAAGUCGGCGCUGAAGAAGCGGCCGGCGCCCUCCGCCUCGCCCGCCGCCACGCCGCUCGCCACGCCGCUAGCGCCCCGCCAAGAUCACCACCAUUCCAGCUUCAAACGUCCGCCGCCAAAACCGAGGAUCCGUAUAUGUACUCGACCGGUGCGGUUGGGCAAUGCAUUGGAGAAUAAAGAAAACGCGCGGCCAUGGGAGGGCGCCGCUGAGUAUCGCGACGACUACGCCACCGAGUCGGAGCGUAUCGCCGCUAAGCUCGCCCGCAAAGAAAGUCUCAAUAUUAAACUGGCGCUGCGGCCCGAUCGUCAGGAACUCAUUAACAGGAACAUCCUGGUGGUGCAGAGCGAGCACGAGCGACAGGAGUCUUGGGAGGCGAUAGGAGCACGCCUGAUACGUCGACUGUCGAUGCGACCCACCGCUGAAGAACUCGUUGAAAGAAACAUACUAAAAAGUCAGUCCCCUGCUGAAGAGAAGAAGCAGAAAGAAGAAAAGAAGCGAUACCUUCUUCGCAAACUUAGUUUCCGGCCCACGGUAGAUGAACUGAAAGAAAAGAAGAUUAUUAGGUUCAGUGACUACAUAGAAGUUACGCAGGCGCAUGAUUACGACCGACGUGCUGACAAGCCCUGGACACGCCUCACGCCGCGGGACAAGGCCGCCAUCCGACGGGAACUCAACGAAUUCAAGAGUUCUGAAAUGGCGGUGCAUGAGGAGAGCAAGCAUCUCACGAGGUUCCACAGACCAUGACGGCUGACAGGGCUGUGCCUUGGUGGCGGACGGCAGUGCGCCGAGCGGCGGUGUGGCGCUUGAGCCGCAGGAGCCACACGUCGUCUCCGCGACGGAGCUAUGCAUCUUCCUUUAACCACCUGAACGUGGCUGCACCUGUGAUUUUUAACGUUAUUUAUACAUUGACUACUUCCGGCCCCCGGGAGAUUUGUAUGCAAUAACUUACCUGAACGCAUCGGUAAAGUGUUGAAUAUUCUAAAGUUGCGUUGUACUGCUGUUUUGACGUUACGUAUUAUGUUUUGUAUAUGCGUACCGUGAGUGCAAUCUUGUUUUUUGAAUUACCUAUUCUAAUAUCGUAGUUAUUGCCGAGUACAAUUUAUUAUUAUAUUAUUAUUAUGGCAUCGUUUUAUGUUAGUUGACGUAUUUUAAGCGUACCUAUACAUUCUUGAAUUGACCUUCGAGAAAGGUUAGUGAUACUGAGUAUUGUGGUGGAGAUUGAGAGCUUUCGAGCUCGGUGAACUGUGAGAUUUACGAGUGAAUUAUUUUGAUAUGUGAGACGUAUCCAACAUAGAAAGUUCGUAGUCUUGUGAUUUUGUUUUCUUAUAUUGCUAGCUUUUAGCUUCGUAGUCAUUAAGCUAGAUUCGAUUCGAUAUAUUUUCAUUUCACACGUAACUCGUUAUCUUAUGUAGUCACAAUUUAAACUUUACAUUAAUUUAAUUUUGAGUACUGUAGACUUUGUUGGAGCGUACAGCGAGCUUAAAAUUCCUUUGUCUUCGUAAAUCGUAAUCAAAGCAACCUUGCACAUGAAGUACAGACUAUUUAUUUUAUAAAAUUUAUUAAAUAUCCAUGAGAUACUACCACGGAUUUUCAUUAUUUUUAUCGACGAAAUAAUACGUCAAAAUGUCAAAAUAAAAUCUUGUUACUCGAUUAAAUCUUAAGCCAUUUAAAUUAAAUAAAUAUUAUUUCGUGAGGUAAGAAAAUAGGUGUUAUAUUGGUAUAUAGAUAAAGUUAUUUACAACAGCUGUCAAUUUGGGAGUAUUUUCGAGCGAGUAAUUUAUACUAUUGAUAAUCCAGAGUCGACGAGUUUCUAAGGCAGACGAGGCAACACUAGAAUUUUUAAUAUUAUCAGAAAUAUUUAGGUAAAAUUUAAAUUUACUUUGUUAACCUGUAAUUAAUAAGCUUGCACAGCAAUAUAUUUGCUCAACAUCAGUUAGUAUUCUAUCCUAAAAUAAGUUCAAUCGUCGGCGGUUAGCACUAGUAUACCACCUAUGUCUUAUCAGUGUACCAACAUCACAGGUUAUAUUGUCUUGAUAUCAUAACUUCAUACCUAUAUAUACAAAUAUUUUUUCUAUGCUCCAAAUUAAAAUCCAACAUUUGUAAAAUAAGAUACGAUAUUUAAGAAGGCAUGUUCGUGAGGAGUAUGUAUGUCUAUAAUAUUACCAUGGUCCAGUAAUGCGAUUCUUCAGUACAGGGAGAGAUUCGGUGAUCAGUAAACUCACAAAUAGAUCGCUGUUGUUGUUAUAUAUUUAAAUAACAAAUAUUUCACUGACUAUUGCGCUCAAUGUAUCAUGAGACGAAUAAAUAGUUUAUACAUAUAUUGUCCAUCCUGUACGGCGCGAGCAACCUCGGCGGGAACAACUUGUUAAUCAUCUUGUCGCUCUAGCCUAGCUCUAGCGUAAGUUAUUCAAAGUUGAACGAACUAUUGAAUUAAAUUAAUAAAUAUUAACAAUGAUGAUGAUAACUCUGUAAUAAAACUGUAGGUGUUAAUUAAUAAAUAUACGCCUUCUGAGAUUAUAUGAUCAUUUUGUAUGUGUAUUGAGUAUUUAUUUCUCAUCGAGGUGAUUAUGUACUAUAUUUUGAAUUUACUUGGUAGAAUAAUGAGCAAUAAUACCACUGUCGGUUUGUUUAAAUUAAUUGUUCGACGGUUUGAUGUUGAGAACAUUUUUUACAUUAGGUAAUUUCUUCAUAGUGUAAACUCAUAGAUAGGGAUCAGUUUAAUAUAAAUGAUUUUUAUAAAAACGUUCGUUAGCGGUGCCAUUACGAGUUUCCGGAAACCAAACGAUAUACAGCUGUUCGUGUCCGAAUUGGACACCAAUGUGUGUGCUGAAUGUUGUACGCAAAUAUAGCAAUUGGCGCCGUGUUUACUUACUUUAAUGGGUGAUAAGUUGCUACUAGCAACGUUUAAAAAGCAUUCGCACCAUUUUAUUAGUAUGUCAGAAACGACUUGCCGGCGACGCGGGCGCCGAAUGCAGCGUCAGUGUACCUCGGCCACGAUAUCACUACUAUAGUGUACAAUAAGUAGUCAAAAGCUGAAGUCAAUUUCGGUAACGCAAAUUUGCAUAUAGUUCUUUACUAUGUAUAUGUAAUAUUUACACGAUUCGGUUCGCGUAAAACUCAUUCAUUUACCUCUUUUCGUACAGUAUAUUUUGCAAAAGCAUUCUAAUGCAAAGUUUAUACAAUGGUUACUUUGAGACCAUUCCAUUAUAGAAUAAAGUGGAAGCCAAAAUGACGACUUAUUUUUCUAAACGAUUUUGUUAGAUUUGAAAUUAAAAAUAUUAAGGUAAAAUAUAGAUGUUUAUCGGUAUAUUAUAAAUAUAAGACAUUCAGAUUUCCAAAGAUCUAAGGCUCAACUAAAUUCUUUUAGCUAGCUUACUUGUUGCCAAUGUCAAUGUUAUAUAUCAAUUUCAGUUUUCAUUCUCAGUAUGCGUAUAACGCGUUCACGCUGUUGGACUCCUACCGAACAUCACAUGGUAUCUAGUUUUAUACUUUAUUUUACCAAUUGAAUGUGAUACGUCUGUUUAUUUUAUAGUGUUUUAUAUUACUUACGUGAAGUAGAUGAUACUAUGGUUCAUUUUACAAUGCUAAAUGGUGCUAGCAAUUAGCAUUUUACCUGUAUUAUUGAAAAAUAUUGGUUCGUCACUGAAAAGGCUGGAAAUUUGUAAUUAACGAAUUCUGUAACCACAUUACGAACAAAUGCAUUCAAACUGCGUACAGAAGCAGUUAAUACGUAAAUAAAUUUUGCUUUUACAAUUUAUAAAAUAUUUAAUUUGUUAAUAAUGGUGUACUUCAUUUCUAAUUUGUAUUGUCUUAAGUAUAUACAUAUAGGAAACAUAUUUAACAUGUUCUAUAUACCUAUGGUUAGGAUGUUUCUACCACAAUUAUAUCGAUAAACAUUCUUUUUAUAACGUUUGUAUAUAAUUUUAUUAUGAUGUAAAUUAUGGAAUCUCUUUUAUUUCCAUUGAUAUCGUGUGUAUCCUUUUGUGCUAUUAUUACAGUUUAUUAUUGCUAUCUUCAGUAAACUAUAUACUGUUGCUUUUAAUUUUUUAAUACUUAUUGUGUAAAUUAUUAAUGACAUGUUGUAAUAAGUAUAUUUAAUGAUAGCCAUAAAACUACUUGUUUUAUAUAACAUAAGUCUGUAAAUACCAUGAUUAUACAUUAAGUUUUAUA